UCUAAAAAAAGGAAAAGAAAAUAAAACUCCUUCCUUCCUUCGUCCUCAUGCCCCGCCCCAGCGCUGCCUUGCAUAUAUAGCAGCUCGGCUUCCUCGCUUUGCCUCCCUGCUAUACUUCUCUCUACCAGCUUACUCAUCGCUCCAGAUCAAUCAUUGGCUGGCUCCAUUAACUAGUUACACUACUUGCUGAGGGAUGGAUGAUGUGUGGUGCAGCCUCGACAUGGCCGCCGACAUCGCCGGCCUCCACAGCGCCCUCGCCGACCCAUUCUGGCCCGCCGACCUUGACCUCAUGGUUUCGACCCACGAGGUGGAGGGUAUAGCGGACAUGGACGCGAGCGGCUUCUUCGUAGGAGGAGGGGAUGACCGCUUCAUGCUGCCGUCGUCGACGACGUCGUCACUCUCGUCGAAGCGAUCACUCUCCCUCGACAGCGGCGGCUCCUCAGGCUCAGGGUCUUUCUCGCUCGACCUCGCGGACGCCUCGCGGUACCAGGCGCCGGCGCUGCCCGUGCCGCACAACCCCUUGGCGGGCGCCGUCGACCACGACGACGAGGCGAUCAUGCGGGCUAUGAUGGCGGUCAUGUCUUCGUCCUCUGCCUCCCCGUCCUCCUCGGCAUCGUCCCAUCCGCAGCCCUUCUGCCGGGACCGGGACAGCAACAUGCAACAACAGUCAGCAGCCAUGGCGCGGCAGCUGCGUGGAGGACGAAGUGGCCACGUGAUGGUGAAGAGCAGCCUCUCCAUGUCGCCGGAGAGAAGCAGCAGCGGCGGCCCGGGACAGCAGCAGGAGGAUCCGACGAGGGCCGCGAGCGGCCACACCGGCCAGCUCUACCACAUGAUGUCAGAGAGGAAGCGACGGGAGAAGCUCAACGACAGCUUCCACACGCUGAGGUCGCUCCUUCCCCCCUGCUCAAAGAAGGACAAGACAACGGUGCUGACUAAGGCGGCGUGGUACCUAAAGACGCUGGAGGCGCAGGUCUCUGAGCUGGAGGAGAAGAACAACAAGCUGGAAAAGCACAUCCCGACCUACGACCGUGAGGAGGACGUGCCGCACCAGCAGAGGCGGCAGAGGGCUAAGGUCCAGAUCACCAAGGCGGCGUCGGACGAGGUGGUGAACCUGACGGUGAUGGUGAUGGUGGAGUGUGACGUGGUGGAGCUGGUGCUACGCAUCCUGGAGUGCCUCCGGUGGAUGGAGCAGGUCAGCGUCAUGUCCGUCGACGCUGACACCUACUCCCCGCAGGUGUUGCUCAAGGCCAUAGCCAGCAUCAAGCUCCGGAUCGUGGACCACGACUGGAACGAGGCCUUGUUCCACGAGGCCAUGGCCAAGGCUGUUAACGACGCAACCGUGUUUCGUCCUCCUCUCGUGCUCACCGCGUAGUAUGCAGGAAGAGGAAGGAUAUAUGUGUCCUAAUCCUGAGGAGCAAUUCAUAGCCAUACGGUCAUAUAGCCGUCCAAAGGUUAGGUUAGAUGGUUGGAUGUAACGUAGAAGCGGUAAUCUGUUUGCAAUAGUCGGAUGGGUGCCCCUGAUGAGUCACUCUGCACCAACAAGAUCAAAGACGAGAAAGAAGUCUUCAGUGCGAGAAGCUAGAAAUGUUUGUAUCGGAUGCCUGGAAGAUCGGAACCAAACUACCGACGAGGGACUAUAGCUAUAAAGGGCAGUACCAACCUCCGCCAAGGGGUAGAAGAUAUGUCUGAGCUCAUUCCCAUACCUUAGAUUGGUAGAUAGGAAAACGACAUUGUAAAUCUCAAUGCUCAUCAAUAAGGAUAGGUAGGCAUAAUGCAGACAAGUUACCCGUUCGGUGGCGUGAACCUGGAUAAAAUCAUUGUAUCACCUUCAGCACUGAUGAAAUCCCUUCGGGCAA